AUGCCAUCUUCCAGCGGCCUUUGCUCUGGAAUGCCGAAGGUCUUGAAAGACCUUCGCCUGGGCUCCAUUGGGGUCACUUGGUCUAAAGCAACUUCGAAGCAACAGACUCCAGUAAGAGCACCUCAUGUGAUUUACCGCGAUGCGGUGGACGGUGGAGAUGGCUACUCCAUCAAGCUGAAUUUCCCUUCAGCCGAGUUCUACCAGAGGCCAUGGGGGGACCAAAAGGAGUUCUGGACGGUCUUCAGGAGUGAGCUGGUGGCUGCUGAAUUCUUCUCGUCGGAAGAGGAUCGCAGCUGCAAGGAUUUCGCCGAGCUCCAGGCCGACAUCAAGGCGGUCUACCUGCUCCCCCCGGCGCAAGAAAUCGACUUCUUGCGGGCAGACCCUAAGCACCUCGAAUGUACAAGCCGCUUCUUGACUGGAUGGAUGCUUGUGGCCAGAAAGCUCCGGUACCAGGCAAGACCCAAGACCUUUGUACGGUUAAAAGGGCAGACGGUCUACCGCCGUAUACGCGGCAAGACUCCUUCCUGGGCGGCGCCUGUGCAUGGGCGGUAUGCUCGCAAAGUUGAGAAGACGAUCCAGAAGGCGCAGCAGAGCAGGGAGCCCGCGAACGCCCGGAGCAAGUUUGCCGAGGUCUGCAAAAGCAUGGUCGGAGACGGAGGUUUGACCUUGUCGAAUGAGGCGAUUUCUCUCUUGCAGGAGGCUGCCGAGGACAUGGCGGUCUCUUACCUCCGGGCACUUCAAGGUGCUUCUUCGGCCAGGGGUGCGGUGGAGAUAAAGCCCCGGGACGUGGCCACCGUUCGUGCAGUGCUACAGACUGCCGGGAGAUGGCAGAUGGCGUGA